AUGUUUAACCGCGAGAACAGAGCCAGACGCAGACCAUCGGGACGGCCACUGCCCACUGUCCCGCAGAUUCUCGAAGGCAUUGAGCUGGAAGAAGUGGUCGAUUGUCUGCCAUCAGUUCACCAAGUCCUCAGCAAUCGUGAGGCAGCCGAUUCAGGUCCAGGCGUUGUCCAAAGAUCUUCCAACAGACCAAGGCCAUUGACGUUGGAUGAAGCCAGUGUGGAAGCAUUUGCAAUCAACCGUUCUCCACAUGGACAGCCCGCUAGAACCACGCGACUUCUUCCACCUCCUUACGGCUCAUAUCAUCCACCCAGAGCUGCUCCAGUGGCUGCACAUUCCGCCCAUCCCCUCCUACAGCAGCCUCCGGCUUCCACUGCGGAAGGGUCGAGGCUGACGGCCGCACCGGCUGCUCCUGUCAUCGUGGUGACCGACCCCGAUGGUGAUCAGCGAGCCCUAAGCACAGAAGCCGAUUUUCUCUUUCCAGUGCCUCCUCCGGUGUAUGCAGCACCCCAACCAGAGGAGUUCCGGGAGAGGCAACCCCGCAGAUCCACAGUACAAUCCUCCCACCUCUCCCCAGAUUGGCAGCCUCGGCCCGUCCGCAACUACUCGUCGUUUGCCGGAGGGUACCCGCAAGACAACGGGAUGGGCCACCGGGGUCUGUCCCCGUCCCCGUCCCCUCCCGGCAGUGAGGUCGUGACCGUGUUCGAUGAUCAACCUGCUCGGACGGCAAAGUGCGAUGUGUGCGAUGGCCGCAACACAUCUGGCAUGAGCAGAUGUACGGUGUGCAAGUGGCAGUGCUGUCACAAUUGCACCAUCCGCAAUGGACUUCGCCGAUCUCACAUUGCCGGGAACGUAGUGCAUGUGGCGCCGAUCACGCGGGAGGAACUAUUACAGAGCAGCACGGAAGCCAGUAGGUCGACAGGCAGAACAAAGAGAAAGAAGAAAACGAAAAAGGUGGGUGGUGGUGGUAGUGGUGCAAGGGCGAGUGUGAAUGCGAGGAACAACCGCGGUUUGGAUUCAGUGGGAACAGCCACCGAAGCAAGGUACAACGUGGAGGCAAGCGCUGGUAGCUAUAAGUCGUUCGUCGAUGGGGAGGUGAUAGUGCGAGACUUCGGGGCAGUGCCGGAAGCAGAAGGUACGGCGAACAUCCCCGCUGGCAGGAACUACAACCACCGCGAGCCCAUCGCUCAAGGCGAACUGCAGCCUAUUCGCACAUUUCCCAAACCCAAGCAGGGCCAGCAAUUUGUCAGUGCAGCGCAUCCUCGCUACAGCCACGAGCUCAUUUGGGGUCCACCGGCUGGCAUCGAUGACGCCUUCACCCACAACGCAGAUCGUGUUCACCUCCCAGCCACUCCACCUGGUAGACCCGAUUACAAUGAUCAGGAGCUGAAGGAUGCGGAGGAGCUUCUUGCCUUCUCAACCGCGGCGACAGCGAUAGAAGCAGUAGAGCGAGCCGGAGGUAUUCCAGAUAAAGGUUGCAUUAUCGAAGACGCGAGCGCAUUGGCCGAGCAGGAAGUUGAGGAGUACAAGCAGGGCCGUGCGUUGGAAAUUCUCAGGAGUAUGAAUCCGAACCAGCAUCAGGAACUCGCGAAGCACGAUGCUCUGCAGGUCGAAGCGGAAGGUACUGUGGCAGCCCGCACUGCUGGGCGUCUCAGCCACUUUCCUGGUUCCAGUCGCUAA